CAUCUCUUCUCCUCCAUUGUUGCUUUGGUUGUUUGGAAGAAGGACAAAUAUCCCAUCUGCAAAAUAGCUUCAAGUCAUCAUUGCAGAGAUCAAUCAACAGAUGGAAAACAGAAGUCACGUUUUGCUUAAUAUUAACGAGUUAGCAACAAAAAUAAGACACAAAUUGGAAAUUAUGCAUCCUUUAUCAGAUGAAUGUUGCAUCUACAGAGUGCCUGAUCGACUGCGUCAAAACGACAAAGCGUACACACCUCGUGUAGUCUGUAUUGGACCGUUUCACCAUGCCCAAAAAAAUCUAGAAGCAAUGGAAGAACAUAAGUUUAGAUACUUGCAAGAUUUUCUUCAGCUGAGCGAGAUAAAUUUAGAGGACUAUAUUAAAUUUGUUGGGGAAAAUGAAGAUAGAUUACGAAAUUGUUAUGCAGAAAAUAUCAAACUAAAUAGUUACGAUUUUGUGAAAAUGAUAUUGCUAGAUGCGAUCUUCGUUAUUAUGAUUUUAUUAAAGUUUUCAUUUAUAGAGUUGCAAGAUAAAAGUGAUCGCGUAUGUAAUAAACCAUGGUUGAUUCGGGAUAUAAGGUUUGAUUUAUUGUUGCUUGAGAAUCAAAUUCCGUUUUUCGUUCUUGAAGACUUAAUUAUGCUAUCUAAUAUACAAAUGCAUCUUGGAAAAAUUUCUAUUUUAAAGCUCGUCUACGAAUUAUUCAAAAAUAUAUGGGAUUCAUGGGCGAUGGAUUAUAUUUUGGAGAUUCGUAAUUGUUCUUCUAAUGAGAUAAAACAUAUACUUGAUUUGAUAAGAAAGUGUCAAAAGCCAUCGGAGUUAUUGCAGCCACAUAAGGACAUAGAAAUGCUAGUAAUACCAAGUAUAACAGAGCUCUACCAAGCUGGAGUUAAGUUUCGAGCGAGUUCAAGCAAAAAUAUAUUUGACAUAAAAUUUAGAAAUGGGAUUUUGGAAAUUCCUCGAUUUGCAAUAAAUGAUCAUACAGAAAGUGUAUUGAGAAAUCUACAAGCUUUUGAGCAAUGUAAUUGCUUAGAUAAUUAUGUUGGUGACUAUAUUGCCCUAAUGGCUAAGCUUGUGAAUGGUUCAAGGGAUGUGGAAUUACUUGUCGAGAAUGGAAUUACAGAAAAUGGAAUUGCAGAAAAUGGGUUGCAGGGAAAUGAAGCCGUGGCAAUUCUUUUUCGUAACAUUGACAAAGAAAAUAUUCUCUUCUCAAAUAAGUUCUAUUAUCUUGUUUUAAUUGAAGAUUUGAAUGUCUACUGCAAAACCUCUUGGCACAAAUGGAAGGCAAAUUUGAAGCAGAAGUAUUUCAACACUCCGUGGGCUGGAAUUUCUGUUAUUGGAGCUGUUAUUCUACUUUUACUUACUGUUAUACAAACAGUGUGUUCUUUACUGCAGGUUUAGGUGACAAAGGAGCAAAUUAACUAAUGCCAGAUGAAGCACAAGAGUAAGACAAUCCAAUUUAGCCUUUGUGAGAGUAAUUAAUAAGUAAUUGGGAUGUGUUUGGACUUAUCUUUAUUUAUCCAUCUUUAGUUUGAAUAGAGACACAUUAGAAGACAUAAAUAUCAGUUGUAGUAUUUAUAAUGUUAAGUAUAAACUUGGGGAGUUGUCUAAGUAAUAUAAUUAGCAUGCAUGUAUUGAAAAGGGAAUCAAAUUAUUAUGACUGAAAAUUAAAC